UCUCAACUUUGACAAAAGGAGAGGGGGAUUGACUUGUACCCGGUAGAGAAAUCCUGGAAGCAGCAUGAAGUGUUGGAUGCUGGGACUCUUCUCACUGGUUCUGCUGGAGGCAGUCAUCACUCAGACUUCAGCAGUAGAAGAGCGCACUGGACUAACUGCAUUUGCUUCAGUUACAAACUCCAGCAGUGGGAACAGCACUCAGCCUGGUGGCGGAGGCAAUGGUGGCGGAGGCAACGGCGGUGGAGGAUCCAACGGAGGAAGCGGUGGUGGCGGCACUGUGAAGCCAAAACCUUCUUCGACCAUCAGCCUCACCGCCUCCAUCAGCUUGCUGUUCAUGUCAUUAGCUCUUCAAUCUCUCUGGUUACUUGCUCCAUUUGACAGCUCACACCUUCAAUAGUUCUCUUUAGGUGAGGUGUUAAGUUUAAAAGUUGCAUCAGCCUUUUCACUUUCGUAGCAGAUAAGCUAGCUAUGUAUGGCAUAACUGAGUGUUCAGUGUGAAAUUA